AUGGGAGAAAGAAAGUAUCUUGGUCCAGAUCUUGUCAGAAGGACAACUAAAGUAGUAGAGAAAAUAAGAAAAAGAAUGUUAACUGCUCAGAGUAGAAAAAAUAGUUAUGCUGAUCGAAAGCGAAGAGAUGUGGAUUUCAAUAUUAUGGACAAGGUAUUAUUAUUGAGAAAAUACGUUCCAGAUCCUUCACAUGUGCUAAACUACGAGUCAAUAGAAGUUGAACAAGACCUAACAUAUGAAGAAAAACCAGUGAAAAUUCUUGAUAGAAAAGAGAAAGAGUUGAGAAAUAAGAAUAUUUCACUGGUUAAGGUCUUGUGGAGAAGUUCAAAUAUUGAGGAAAUGACAUGGGAACGGGAAGAUGAAAUGAGAUCCAAAUACCCAGAGUUAUUUGGGUAA